UGACCCCAUACACCGGGAAAUAUAUAAGCUGGGGUCAGCCGUCAAGUCGGGGUAUCAGCUCUGACAUUCGCUUUGGAGAUCAGCACAACACUUCAGCGCUGUCACCAUGUUCAACAAGAAGACUGAUAACGCCAUCUCUGAGAAGCCUUCCGAGAUCCAUGUGGAAGAUGCGGUUACCGAGAAUCUGAAGCUUGAGGAUGGCGGCGACUAUUCUGGCGCUGUCACAAAGACAGACCCAAAGGAGAUUGCCCUUGUCAAGAAGCUAGACAGACGGAUUAUGGGUAUUCUAUGGGCCAUGUACUUCCUGAACUACCUCGACCGCAACGCUAUAGCACAAGCGCGAUUGAACGAUCUCGAAGACGACCUCGGUCUGGUAGGCACGCAAUAUAACACAUGUAUCAGCAUCCUCUUCGUUGGAUACCUGCUCAUGCAGAUUCCAUCAAACAUGCUACUGUCCACUCAGAAAGUCCGCCCUUCAAUCUACAUGUGCAUCUGUAUGAUGAUGUGGGCCAUCGUAUCUGCCUGCACAGCCUUGACUAAGAACUACACCGGCCUUGUCGUUGUUCGUUUCUUCCUCGGUGUCGCUGAAGCGCCCUAUUAUCCAGGUGCACUAUACCUGCUCUCGCUCUUCUACACCCGUAAAGAGAUCGCAACACGCAUCAGUAUCCUGUACUCAGGCAACAUCUUCGCAACUUCGUUCUCUGGUCUCAUUGCCGAAGCCACUUUCGCGUCGCUGGAUAACGCCCAUGGCCUGCAGGGCUGGAAAUGGCUCUUCAUCAUCGAAGGCGCAGUGACAUUCGGCGUCGCCAUAAUCGGCCUCUUCCUGCUCCCCGACUACCCGCUCACCACCCGCUGGCUGACCCCCGACGAGCGCCAAAUGGCCCACGACCGCAUCGUGCGCGACACCGUCGGCCUCGAACCUUCCAAGGGCGCCCGUGCUGGCUUCGCGCAAGCCAUCCGCGACCCGCGUCUAUACCUGCUGUGUCUGAUGCAGAACAUGCACCUGUCGGCUUGCAGCUUCAACAACUUCUUCCCUACUGUGGUCGGCAGCUUGGGUUUCGGCCGUACCAUCACGCUGGUGCUGACCUGCCCGCCAUACCUCGUAUCGGGUGCGUUUGGCAUCUUCAUUGGCUGGACGUCAGGAAAGAUCAACGAGAGGACGUGGCACAUCACGGCGUGCAUGGGCGCCGCGCUCGUCGGGUUCAUUAUCUCCUGCGCUACCAUGAACGUUGCGGCGCGAUACGUUGCGUGCUUCUUAUUCGCAUCUGGGGCGUACGCCGUGAACUCCGUCAUCAUUGGGUGGGUAUCAGCUACCUUGGGACAAACGGUUGAGAAGAAGGCUGUCUCACUGUCGAUCGUUAACGUGGUGGCGAACGCAAGUUACAUAUACACGGCGUAUCUGUACCCGAAGAGCGACGGGCCAAAGUACCUGACGGCGAUGGCUAGCAAUGCUGCCUUUGCGUUCAUGACGAUUGCAUGUGCAUGGGGACUCAGGGUCUGGCUGCAGACAACCAACAGGAGAUUGAGGCGCGAGAAGCCAGAGGAAAACAUCUACUAUGCUUACUAGCUAUAUCGGUAGAUGGGUCAGGACUGGAUGACGCUCUGGAGUGUAGUUUGCAAGAAUCGAUGUUGCUUGAAUCGCCGGCUAAAACCAAAUGCACACCAAAAAGCGCUCAAUCUUGUGUGCUUCAUACUGC